UUCAUUCUUCCUUUCUGCUCUAGCUUUCAUGCCCUGCAACUGCAAAUCACAAUGAAAUGCGAUCAUUUCCAACAUUUCCGAUAGCAUAUUGUCUAGCGAAAUCGAGUCCUUUCUCACUGGAAUAUACAUUGUAGCUUCAUAUUCCAAAUUCAAUGGCCAUUGCAUCUUUCACUUUAUCUUCUCUGCUUCAACCCUCCAGUUCUUCUAUUUCUUCUUCUUCUUCUUCUUACUUCCUUGGUGGGGUCCAUCUCCGCUCCCAUGAAAGCUUCAUCUCUGUCCCUUCGCUUUAUUCGACUUCAAAUACGGAGGUCCCUUCUAGGCGCCUGCGAAUAGUGGCUGUUGCUUCUGGCGACUAUUAUGCUGCUCUUGGAGUUCCCAAAUCCGCCACAAGCAAGGAAAUUAAAGCGGCUUAUCGAAGGUUAGCUCGCCAGUACCAUCCUGAUGUGAACAAGGAGCCUGGGGCAACUGAAAAGUUCAAAGAGAUUAGUGCUGCAUAUGAGGUACUAUCAGAUGAUAAAAAGAGGGCUUUAUAUGAUCAAUAUGGAGAGGCCGGAGUUAACGGCUCCAUGGGAGGAGCAUCUAGUGCUUAUGCGACUAAUCCAUUCGAUUUAUUCGAGACAUUUUUUGGGCCAAAUAUGGGUGGCUUCUCUGGAAUGGAUCCAACUGGAUUUGGAACACGUCGUCGCAGUACUGUUACUAAGGGAGAAGAUAUUCGUUAUGACAUGUCCCUGGAACUUUCUGAGGUAAUUUCUGGAGCAGAGAAAGAAUUUGACCUUUCUCAUUUGGAAACCUGUGAAGUCUGUAUUGGAACCGGAGCAAAGAUGGGCUCCAAGAUGAUAGUGUGCACAACUUGUGGUGGUAGGGGUCAGGUGAUGAGGACUGAACAAACACCUUUUGGAAUGUUCUCUCAGGUUUCAGUAUGCCCAAACUGUGGAGGGGAUGGCGAAGUCAUAUCUGAAUAUUGUGGCAAAUGCAGCGGGAAGGGACGUCUACGAGUUAAGAAGAAAAUUAAAGUUCAAGUUCCACCUGGGGUUAGCUCGGGCAGUAUAUUGAGAGUUGCUGGGGAGGGUGAUGCUGGACCAAGAGGGGGUCCUCCAGGAGACCUUUACGUAUAUCUUGAUGUGAAAGAAAUACCAGGAAUUGAAAGAGACGGUAUUAAUCUCUGUUCAACAAUCACAAUCGGUUACCUAGAUGCCAUACUUGGAGCCACUGCCAAGAUAAAGACAGUUGAAGGCAUUUCCGAACUACAAAUACCUCCUGGUACCCAACCUGGAGAUGUUCUUGCCCUUGCAAGAAAAGGCGUUCCGAAACUAAACAAACCAUCAAUACGUGGUGAUCAUCUGUUUGCAGUUAAAGUUACUAUACCAAAACGUAUCAGUACAAAGGAACGUGAUCUGCUUGAAGAACUUGCUUUGCUUGGCAACAACACUGCAAGCAACCGAUCAAAAUCCCGUCCUAGAACUCAAUCUUCUGCAGGAAGUACAGAAGGUCCAUCAUCUCAAAAUGCCGAAAGUCCAGCACCAACAGUAUCAGAAAAAGCUGGAGAAUCAGAAGAUCAAAAUGACAUAUGGAAAAAGUUAAAAGAUCUUGCUAGACCUCUCGCAAAUGGAGCAUUAAAGUGGCUAAAAGAUAAUCUCUAGUUCAAUGGCUUUAUAUACGAGGUCGUCCAAAGUCUCGAAGAUGCAUUUUAUCUUGUUGAGUCAGAUCUUUAUGAUUCCAGAAACCGCUAAAAUCAAAAGGGCUAUGCAGACAUUUUAAUCACAUGCUUGAAGUGAAAGUUGUUGGCAUUCUACAGCACAAUCAAGCAGGAAGUCUUGCAUAUUCUUCAUUCGCUUUGCUUGUAUAUUUAGGCUAUAGGUAAUUUAUACAGGAUCACAUGUUCAAGGAUCCACAGCGUAUUCCAUUAGCAAUUGACCGUAGGAAAAUCUAUUGUAUAUUUGAUAGGAAGUUUAGGCUCUAUUUGAGAGAAUCACCGAAAACUAACUGGAAUUAUAUAACCUUCUGAUUAUUCUGUGGAAGUAUAUAUUUCUUGCAUCCUUUUUAUGCAACUCGUUUCUGUUGUUGACUGCACUUUCUAAGCUAGGCCAGUGUAUAUUAAAAAUAAGAUGCUCAAGAUGAUGUAAAUAUCACAUUCCUUUCCUUGUCACACCGCUGGUGUUGGCAUUUCA